GCCACAAACAGGAAGAAAACAUCCAGCUGUUAUCAAAGCAGAGGGAGGUCUGGCUAGUUUAGCAGUCUGUGUUGAAGUGGCACAGUAAUGAAACGGCCUUGAGAGUCGGGAAUAAACUGGUGUUUUAUCAUGCUGUAUCCGGAGUAGUGACUGUGUCCACUGAUACCCAGGGAGUAUAAUUCUCCUCGACUUUCCUCCGGUCCGAGUGUUGAAACAAGGUGUGAAUGAGUGACGUGGUGCCUCCCACAGCUCUCAGUGAAGUCCAGCUCCGCUUCCUCUGCCACGAUGACAUAGAGAAUGUCAAGCUGCUCUGUGGUGAUUGGUUCCCAAUCGAGUACCCAGACUCAUGGUAUCAGGACAUCACCUCCAACAAGAAGUUCUUCUCCCUCGCUGCCACCUUCAGAGGAGGUAUCGUGGGAAUGAUUGUGGCUGAGAUCAAAGGCCGGACCAAAGUACACAAAGAGGAUGGAGACAUCCUGGCCUCCAGUUUCCCUGUGGACACACAGGUAGCCUACAUCCUCAGCCUGGGAGUGGUCAAAGAGUUCAGGAAACAUGGCAUAGGCUCCCUACUGCUGGACAGUUUGAAGGAGCACAUCUCAACGACAGCCCAGGACCACUGUAAGGCGAUCUACCUUCAUGUCCUCACGACCAACAACACUGCCAUCCACUUUUAUGAGAACAGGGACUUCAGGCAGCAUCACUACCUGCCCUACUACUACUCCAUACGAGGAGUCCUCAAAGAUGGAUUCACAUAUGUGCUGUACAUCAAUGGGGGUCAUCCACCUUGGACAAUAUUUGACUAUAUCCAGCACAUUGGUUCAACCCUGGCCAGCCUGAGCCCCUGCUCCAUCCCACAGAGGUUGUACCGGCAGGCCCAGUCCCUGCUGCGCUCCCUGCUGCCCUGGUCCAACAUCGCCUCCAAGACUGGUAUACAGUACAGCAGAACAAUGUGACACGUCAUGGAGCGCAUGUGUUUCUCAUCAGUCUUCCCCUGUGUAUAAACACACUCACAUUCUCAAUCACAUAUGGCUUUCCACACCCUGUGUAUAACACAGGACUCAGGUUCCACCUCUGUCACAAACCAGAAUAUUACUCCAUAUU